GGCUUCCUGAAGAGUGGGUACAUUGAGGGGGUGAGGCUGAUGGGAGGUAGUGACUGAGAAAGAAGAGAACUUUAGAUGGGGAGUCAGGAGGAUCUCUUUUAAAAGGUAACACCUGUCCUGACCCCUGGCCAGUGUGGCUCAAUUGGUUGAGCAUAAUCCAGUGCACCAAAAGGUCACUGGUUUGAUUCCCUGUCAGGGCACAUGCCCAGGUUGUGGGCUUGAUGCCCUGUAGGGAUGUGUGCAAGACAACCUAUUGAUAUUUCUCUCUCUCCCUCUACUUUCCUUUCCCUCUAAAAUCAAUAAAAACAUCUUUUUUAAAAUAAAUAAAAAUAAAGGGCAACACCUGAGGGAAACCAAGAGGCAGCCAGCUGAGGGGAGGCCUCCGCAGAGCUUCCAGGCAUAAAGGAACAGCUGGGGUAACUAUUGGGGAACGGGGUGUAUGUCAAGGAACAGCAGGGAGCCAGUGUGCUUAGGGAGAGGGAAGGGCUUUGAGGACCAGUGUAAAAAGUUGGAUUCCAUUCUAGACGCCAGCGGCGGCUUUGGAAUGGUGGUGCACGGUGUGCAGACAGCACACCUCCCCUGGGAUGGGAUGGGCCCUUUGCGCCACCGCCUCUGUGACAUCACUGGACUGUGACGUCACAGCAGAAAGCUCGUGCCCCACUAGCCCCGCGUCCCGCGUCGCAGUAACAUCGCGGCGAGUCCCUGGGCAGCCAGGCCAUGAAAUUUUAGGAGGCCAUGCGGAAGCGCGACAUCGUCCUCACCAAUGUCACCGUGGUCCAGCUGCUACGACAGCCAUGCCCGGUAACCAGACCACCACCACCGCCGCCACCACCCAAAGUUGAGCCAGAGCCAGAGCCAGAGCCAGAGCCAGAGCCAGUGGUAGAGCCAGACCCAGAACCAGAGCCAGAGCCUAUCAAGGAGGAAGCCCCACCUCCUCCACCUCCACCUCCACCUCCACCACCUCCUCCUCCACCUCAGAAGGUUCGGGAACUGACUGUUGGCAUCAAUGGAUUUGGACGUAUCGGUCGCCUGGUGCUGCGAGCCUGCAUGCAGAAAGGCGUUAAGGUGGUGGCAGUGAAUGAUCCAUUCAUUGACCCGGAAUACAUGGUGUACAUGUUUAAGUAUGACUCCACCCAUGGCCAAUACAAGGGGACUGUGGAAUACAAGAAUGGACGGCUGGUUGUGGAUAAACAGGAGAUCAGUGUCUUCCAGUGGGCAUUUUCCCACAAGGCCUCCUUGCAGGAAGAAUCCUGUCAGUUUGUCACCACUAUUGCUUUGGCACCUAUAGUGCAGGUCCUGGCUCUGGGGUGGAAGGUGGCUCUGACACUCACCUCACAGUUCCCUUGCAUACCGGGCUGUUUCAGCAAUGCAUCCUGCACCGCCAACUGCCUGGCCCCCCUUGCCAAGGUCGUUCAUGAGCGAUUCGGGAUGGUGGAAGGACUGAUGACCACAGUCCAUUCCUACACGGCCACCCAGAAGACAGUGGACGGGCCAUCAAAGAAGGCCUGGCGAGACGGACGAGGAGCUCACCAGAACAUCAUCCCAGCCUCUACAGGGGCUGCCAAGGCCGUGGGCAAAGUCAUCCCAGACCUCAAAGGGAAGCUGACAGGAAUGGCGUUCCGGGUACCAACCCCAGACGUGUCUGUCGUGGACCUGACCUGCCGCCUAGCCCGGCCUACCACAUACUCGGCCAUCAAGGAUGCCGUAAAAGCAGCAGCCAAGGGGCCAAUGGCUGGCAUACUUGCCUACACGGAGGAUGAGGUUGUCUCUACGGACUUUAUCGGCGACACCCACUCGUCCAUCUUCGAUGCUAAAGCCGGCAUCGCGCUCAACGACAACUUCGUGAAGCUCAUUUCCUGGUACGACAAUGAAUACGGUUACAGUCACCGGGUGGUGGACCUCCUCCGGUACAUGUUUAGCCGAGACAAGUGAAGCGCGACAGCCCCUCCACUCCCCCGUGCUCCCUGCCCAGAACCUCCGCCUCCCGCGGGCCGCCGGUGAAAUAAACACAGCGU